AUGUGCGUGGACUUCACCGACUUAACUAAGGCCUGCCCGAAGGAUAGCUUCCUGUGUCCUCGCAUCGACAUGAGCAUCAACUGCACAACGAGUCAUCGCAUGCUGAGCUUCAUGGAUGCCUACUCUAGGGGCCACCCACUGCGGUUGGUCAAUCAGAUGUUCAAGGAUCAGAUCGGAAGGAAUAUGGAGGUCUACGUGGAUGACCUGUUGGUCAAAAGUGGAACUCUUGACCAGCACUUGGAUGACCUCCGAGAAGUCUUCACAGUGUUGAGACGGUACCAGAUGAAGGUAAACCUGGCGAAGUCCUCACCGAGACCCCUUGAAGAAGAUCCUACAAUAGCCUGA